AUGAGCCGCUUUGUGACUCUCUCAACGGGGCAGAAGAUGCCCGUGGUCGGACUCGGCACGUGGAAGAGUGCCCCGGGACCGGUGAAGCAGGCCGUGCUGGCUGCUUUAGACUGUGGCUACAGACACAUCGACUGUGCUGCUGCGUACAGCAAUCAACUGGAGGUGGGAGAGGCUCUGACUCUGAGGGUCGGACCUGGGAAGUCUAUGGUGACAGCCUACAGUCCCAUGGGCAGCGUGGACAGACCCUGCCCCCCCGACCAACCAAGUCUGCUGGAGGAUCCUCGACUGGCAGCCAUCGCCCAGAGAUACCAGAAGACACCUGCCCAGGUCAUUCUCAGGUGGCACAUUCACAGAGGUGUGGGGUGCAUCCCCAAAAGCGUGACGCCCUCCAGGAUCCAACAGAACUUGCAGGUGUUGGAUUUUUCCCUGACGGACGACGACAUGAAGCAGAUUGAAUCCUUCGACCGAAAGGAGCGCUUCAUCGUCCCAACACUGGAUGGUAAGAGUGUGUGGAGAGAUGCAGAACAUCCUCAUUUCCCCUUCCAUGAUUUUUUCUGA